AUGGCAACCAGGUACGGUCGUCACGGGGUGAUGACUUCAUUCAUUCGUUCGUUCGUCGCGUUUCGUUCGCAACGAGACGACGACGACGACGCGACUCGUUCGCCUCGUGUCCGUCGGCGUGAGACGCUCGCAAUGUUCUCCAAAGGCAAAAGCAAGUGGGAGUUUAAACAUGUCUGUGCUGGGCUUGGUCCAGCACUCACGCUGGCUCCUCUCCCGGCCGUGCCCAUCUCCCCGUCGCCGCGCGUCCCGGAAAACAUCCUUCGCCGCAAACCCCACUCUGCCCUGGCAGCGGCCGUGUUUGUGUCAUCGAUGACGGGACGUGUCGUGGGCAUGCCCCUGGCGAAUCUGCAAAGUCAACGGCCUCGCUCCUGGUCCUUCUCGGACACGUACAGCAUCGUGGAGCCGUACGGCCCUACUGGCCAAUACCUGGACGGAGUUGAAGUUCCACUUUCUGAUGGCGAGGAGACGUCCAGAAGUCAAGCAGUGGAGUCUCGCGCAGAGACGAUGUCUCCAGACCCCGACUCACAAGGCAACCUGGGAGAGAGCUCAGCCAUCCGUCAGGAUUUGUCAGAGAUGUACGCCCAGCCGAACAAGAAUAAGCAUGCUGAGGUUGCAGAAGUGACAGAAGCCAUUUCAAGUGAAGGGCAUUCAAACACUCAGCAGGCACAGAAACCCAAAAAGAAGCGCCAGCCCGAAAUUAAUCCAGAGGUGACUGUGAACACACUAAGGGAUGAGGAACGUCCAGCGGAUGCGCUCAGUGGCUCUGUCCCAGACGACGUGGCCACUCUGAAGGGGAUGGUGCACAGGCUGAACGUGCUGCUCAGUCGCUACCAGGCCACCUUCCGCCCUCUGACAAAAGAAGAGAGGAAGAAGAAGGCAAAUGGAUUAUGCUUCAAAGGGCCCCUCCCUCCAUGGCUGGUGGACGUGCAGCACAUGCCCCCUCUUCUGCUGGAGUAUGACAAGGAGCUUCAGCAGAAGGAAGAGAUGAUACGCAAUUACGAGGAGGAACUACAUGCCCUGCGUGAACAGAUGAAGGGGAACAGAAGGCUUGCAGGAAGAGGAGUUGACGAGGAGUCGAAUGACCGUGCCCAGGAGGAGGUGGUCUCCCUGAACGAGAUAGUGCACAGGCUGAACGUGGUGUUGAGCCGCUACCAAGCCACGUUCCGCCCUCUCACGAGAGAAGAGAAUAAGACGCCAAAUGUUCUGCGCUUCAAAGGACCAAUCCCUCCCUGGCUGGUGGAUGUGAGGACGCUGUCUCCUCUCAUCCUGGAGUAUGACAUUGUCCUUCAAGAGAAGGAAGACAUAAUUUGCCUUUUCAAGGAGGAGCUGCAGGCCCUGCGCACGCGCACGGAAAAGGUGGCGGACGAGAACGAGGAGCUGCAGCUGAAGCUGCAGAAGUUGCUGGCGGAGAGCGAGGAGCGUGCUGAGGAGCGGCGGCUCAUGCGGGAGCAGGCCCAGCUGGUGGUGGAGGAGAACAAGGUGCUGCUCGACCAGCUCGGCCUGCAGCGGAGAGCCCACGGGGAGGCGUGCGAGGACAUGCGCCGCAAGCACGAGAGCGCAAUGGGCGAGAUGACGCGGCUCUUGGUGGCCAAGCAGGACGAGAGGGAUGCGCUGGAGCAGGAUCUGGCGAGCGAGCGGCGCUUGCGGGCCCAGCUCACCGAGCGACUCGCCGGCCGCGUCAGCAAGGAGGAGCACGAGCACCUGGUCGCCUCCCUCACGCGAGAGCUCAAGGAGGAGGUGGACCGGCACAUGGCUGACGAGCAGCUGCUGAAGAAGCGGCUCGUGGAGGCUCAGGCUGAGGCGCGCAGACAGACGCUGGACAAUGCCGAGCUGUCUGCCGACAAUAAAGAGCUGAUCAAUGACCUCAACCUGAUCAAGAAGAACUUGAGGUCUGUGCAGCAGACGGCGAACACGCUGACUCGGCAAGUGGAGGAAGUGCGUGACGUAGAUGAGACAGCCACCCUGCACCUCUCUGCCAUGGUUCGUGUGGCCAAGAAUGCCCGGAGAGAAAAAUCCAAAGUCAAGCGCUUGGCAAAGACCAUCGCUGAUGAAUACCGAUUGACGCUGAAGGAAUUGAUCAAGAGGAGCAGCGAUGACGGUGAACAGCCAGAGAAGUUACAGGACUCCAAUAAGCAGAUGUUGGUCAGCAUGGAGAAGCUCUCCCAGAGUCUGAAGCAGCAGGAGGGGGACACGGCAGAGAAGCGGCUGAUGUAUGAACAGAAGAUCCGCAAGCUGCAGUUUCUGCUGCAGCAGAGGCAAUGUGCCCUGGAUGAGGUCACGGCCCAAGAACGACAGCUCAAAACCGACCUGGAUGUCGUCUUCAAGAUCAAGACCUGGGAGGAUGCCCACCUCCAGAGCAUUCUGUGGGACACUCUGGGCAAGGAGACGUAUGGUGACUCGCCAUCACCCACACAGCGGAGCUAAGCACGAGCUCCGUGAGAACGCUCAAGAGUCAAGAGGCCAUCGUCGCCGUUGCCACUGAUGUCACCACACUUCAUCUUUGCUUCUUUCCUUCUGCAUCGUCGACCUCUGACCUGUGACACUGUGGCAGCGUCUCACAAUCUUCUGUUUCAUCACUGGCCUCAGUGCAUCCAUUUGGUUACCUGAGCUCUUUCCUGCACUUUUACCCCAAAUUUUACUCUUCACACAGUGCUUUGCUGUCAUCUCCUAUUCUGAACUUCCAUGGUACUUAUCCUAUCCUAACAGAAUAUAUUAAGCAUCCUCUCCACAUGUACCGAUAAAUUAAGUCCAACAUUUAUUUUCUAGUUACUUUGCUAAAGUCCUGCUGUUUAACCCAUACGAUAACAUCGACAUCACUCACCCCUUACCUUGAACAUUUGCCUCAAUGUAAAAUGUUAAAUAUUGAAUGUACUAAGUUGGUUUGUGUCGUAAAUCAAAAUAUUGGUGAUGACAAACUUGCCAAUUAAAUUAUGUAGUUGCAUGCGUUUUAUUUUUAAAUGGCUUUCUCAGUGGGGUUGCAGCAUUCAAGGACCAAUGAGUCUGCCGUUCAACACCCGUUAUUGCCAUGUUACACUCAACGACAGAUUGGUAACCAAGCGAUGCUCCUUUUCAUUACGUGUUGGGUGCUACAGCACAACAACUGGGCUGUUUCAAAAAUAUCAGAGAUUUUAUUCUAAAGUAAACUAAAAACUAAACUAUUUUUAUUUGACCAGAUGAGGCUCAUAAUUCGGGACAAAUUAUGGAUCAGGGUUCAUGUUAGGACACCGCUUUUUCAUCUUCUUGAGAAGACAGACUCUGUCUUCUCGACAGACCUGUUCUUCACCUGAGGACGGCUGCUUGCGUUGUGGCCGAAACGUCGUGAGAAUUAUUUUAUUAUGUUUUAUUUUUAUUAUUUUAUUAUUUCCAUUCUACGUGACUUUACCGAAAGAACCAAGAAGAUGAAUCCCUGCAGUCACGAAAGCUUUAAAUCGAAAAGACACCGCUUUUGUUUAGAAAGUUAGCCAUUGUGAAGAGUUUUAUUAAAUUGGUCUAGGUUACAAUUUUAAUUUAGAUAUGUUGCUGAAUGAUAUACAAGGUGUUUCAAACAGAUGGCCACAAUUUCAAAACAGAAUAUUUAACGAUGGCAACAUGUUACAAUUACACAAAAAGUUACACACGGUUUAAUGAGUUAUUUAGUUUUCCUAACCAUUUUAUAAUUGCUCUAUGUGCCCUCCACCUGCUGUACGGACAACAUAGAGAUGAUAGUUGAAUUCAUUCCAAACACCUUUCAAAGUGGCUUCUUCCACUGAAGUCAGUGCUGCCGUGAUUCUGUUUUUGAGGUCAUCCAGAUUAGUUGCUAAUGGUGGCACAAAAAACACGGUCUUUUGUGCCACUAUGCUCUUUGACAUUGGCGGAUCAAUGCCAAAACGUCGUUAAAACGCAUGUUGCACCGCAAUUACGGAUUCAGUCUUGCUGAACUGCAGAACGCAAAACGCCCCUUGUGUGUUGCGGGGUCGACAUCCUGCGAAUGACUGAGGCUAGGGGCUGUUUGUGCGCUGGGAGAGGCAUCUAGCAGUAAUAAUUUGAAACUAUAUGCCCCGCCCUCUCUAUGCCCCGCCCUUUCAAGUGGUAAGAGUUUCAUUCAUGGGCGGUUCGUGGUUGCAGAGAUAUAGCGAUUUAAAAUCGGGGCAAAUAUUUUUUAAUCACCUUGUAUAUCUCUAAAUCUAGGUCGAUAAGUGUACUCGUUUAUCUGAGGACUACUUCCGUGCGUGACCUAAAAAGGUCACACAAGACAACAAGGUUACCUGACCCACAGAUUAAUACAAAUAUCUUCAACAGAAACACAUUAAACUGAAUUGUAUUUGUGAUCAUUUAUCAUUGAAAAUGAAUAUGCUUGAAUUGCACAACAAUCAAAGAAAGCUGAUUAUCAAUACUGAUUAAUGCUUAUAUAUUUAUGCCAAACACAUUUAUUGAAUACCUCGCAUUUUGAAAUGUAAAACAUCAAAUUGAAGGUGAAAAAUAAAGUAGAUUGUUACGUGCGACAUUGUUUGAAAUUUUACAAUAAGUUUAUAUAUUAUUGCAAUCAAAAAUGGUUUUAAUUGCAAAUGAAAUUGAGUAAAGUUGUUUAUUUUAUUCAUUAGACGUUAAAGAUGUGCGUGUAAUGUGAUGCACACUAUGCUAUGCCAAUGGAAUCUGGUGAUUUUGCACCGGUGAUUGAGAGUGAAUUCAUGAUCGUGUUUGUCUUUUUGCUUCACAAAAUUGUUGAUGUUAACUGUCAUAAUUGCGAAUCAUGUUGUAUGUGUCGCAGUGCUUACACAUAUUUACAACCUGGCGCUUGUGGUUACUAGUGACUGUUGAUGUUGUUAAAUGCAUUGUUUCUGCCAGGAAUAACUACCCAUGGAUAUCCAUGCCCCCAGUAUGGUGGCCACCCUUUCAGAUUUGACCCGGACAGCCCAGGAAUUGGCAUCUUUGUUCGGAUGACUGGAAUUGAUUUGUACCGAGAUCUGGUGCCGGUAUUGCGGUGAACUUUAUUGUAGUAAAUUUUACAGUUUUGAAAGACCAAGGCUGACUGAGAAAUAACACCCAGCAUCACUUUAAACGGCUGUAGUCUCUUCAUUAAGCUUAUUUUGGUUUAGAAAACUCCAGCCACGUUUUCACUCACAUGUGUAUAGUAACUUUCAUCCAUGUUACACCAGGUGGUGCUGUUUUUAUAUCACUGAACUCGCAAUCGGGUGCUUUCAAUGUUAAAUCUGGCGUGGUCGACUGAACCACUGUUCAUGAAACUGGCUUCCAUCAUAGGAAUGUGGAAUUUCCACUACUGGCACAAUUUCAUCAUGGAGAUGAAUACGGUCCCACACUCAUAUGAGCAUGGAGGUAUUCUUACUUGAAUGAUAGGGGAAAAAUUACAGUAAAAGUAACUGCUUUUAUCCGGAGCCAAUCUAUAAGGCCCCCCAGGAAACCUGGCUUUUGGAAGUGUGAAUAGAAUUGCUGAUAAUGAUGUUGCUCACAUUAAACCCAUACAUUAAUGCUCACAAAGAGCUUACACUUGACUUGGAACAAAAUCAAGUGGCAGCCGUCUUUACCCCACACUUGGCUCCACUCGAGUGUUCUCUCCUAUGUGUGUCACUUUGGCUUGCGCUUCCUUGACACCCUCCAACUCAAUAAUAAUUUGUAAAAAAAAAUGGAAUUUCGCUGAUGACUCCCCUCUGUGAGUUUUCACUGGUGAAACAUUCCUUAGGCCCUUUGUGAAAUGUUUGCUCUUGGGUCCCACAAUUACCUGUACACCGGCCUGAAUUGAGGUAUUGUGUGAAGUGAAAUAAAUCGACUGGCCAUUACACAUUCAUGGCAAUCAGGUGCUGCCUGUAUUGGGCAGCACAUAAAGUAGGUAUCAAACUAGUCUGUGUGGAGUUUGCGUGCCCUCGUAUGCACGGGGUUUCUCCAUUAUGGUAUACAUUCAUAAUACUGAGACAUAAAGACUCGGUGAUGCUUUCUUUGUGUAUAUCCCUGGCUGCCUGAUGUGAGUUUGAAGCUUCCUUAAUAAAAAAACUAAUAUAAAAUCAUUAA